UAGAAUCACAAAAAUCAACACGUCUUCAUAAACAUACGUCUUUAAGUCUAAUACGGUGGAUGAACGAGGUAUAUACUUUCACUGGCGAACUUAUCAACGAUCAUCUUGGACAACACGAUGCUGAAAGAGCUUGUGCAUAUAAUCGCAUCACGCAGCAAACGUUUGGCGAGUUAAUUUCAUACGAUUACGGGGAGGUACACCCAUCAAUUAUCAGACAACGAAUAACUCGGGCGUUCGAACAAAACAUUCACAUUGAUCAAGAAGAUGAGGAAUUUUCUGACGAUCAUUAUUCCGAGACCGUUGACACCGCAAUGCAGACACAAAAAGACUAUCCGAGAAAUGGCUCAGAAGAAUCAAUAAUUCACGAGGAGAAUAAUGAUACCAACGCCGCUCUACUUGCACAAAUUCAAGAAUUAACCAACGCACUCCAACAACAGAACAGUAGUAACUCUUUGUUAGGUACACACGGAUCUCUGGCUGGAGAAAAGAAAUCUCACCAGGACCACCGGUAUAAUCCAUUAAACAAAAAGCAUCAUACUCGAAGUACCAUCAAUGAAAACGAAGAAGUCGAGGAAGAAGUAAUUAUCGAAGACGAUGAUAUGGAAGAAGCCGGCCCAUCAAAAAUAAAUGAUAAAGAAGGAUUAAUAGAAGAAAAGAAGAAGGCUC